AUGACUACAGGAUCAUCGGUCUACUCUACCUCAAUUCACCAUUUCGAACCUUAUACAGAAGGGUUUUCCGUACCAGCUCCUUCUACCUAUACCGCAGUUGAAGCACCUAAAGGAGAAUUUGGUGUCUUUCUGGUCAGUAAUGGAAGCAAUCGUCCCUACCGUCGUAAAAUAAGAGCACCUGGCUCUGCCCAUUCACAAGGACUCGAUUCUAUGUCCAAACAUCACAUGCCAGCGGAUGUGGUCACCAUCAUAGGUACUCAAGAUAUUGUGUCUGGAGAGGGGACGGAGCUACCCUUCAACAUUGACCAGGUUAUCAGCCUAGGGAAAGCGCAAUGUUGCCCAGAAGCUCAUAGCAAAAUUCUGUUAUUCAGAUCCGUUGAGCAGAGGUGGAGGAUGCCCUUUUCGGACAGUGGCAUCGUGCGGUACUCAAGAAAGGAAAGCGCAGUCGAUAGUGCCUUUCAUAGAACGGUGCCUAUGGGAAGGGCGAGAGGAUGCUGA